CUGCGCGGUUCUGCAAGAUCGAGGCGGGAAGCCGCUGUGUCUCAGUCUUCGCCACCCCAGCUUCUCUCGACUCGAAUUCAGCCUCCAAGUUGCAGGCACCGGAGAGCAUCUGCCCCCGAGGGUGGUGGGGUAUUCUCAGUUGCUUGAGAGGCACCGGGGACUGAUCCAGCCAGCCCGGAGAGAACUGGUAGGUGCCUCAAAACUCCGCAGGCCGCGGGCCGCCGUCGGGGUUCAGAAGUCAGUGUGUGCUGUGCUGCAUUCCUCGAUCCAGCCCGGAGGCCUCUGAGCUUAUCUCACACUCGAACUGCUCACCCGCCAGGUGUCUUAGGCCUUAUCCCCAGCAUUCUUUGGAGCACCUUCUGUGCAGAAGACUUUUAACUCAGUUUCGCAAGAAUUCUUCUCCCUCCCAUAAAGAUUGGGGCGAACUGCAGGUGCUAGCCUUGCACACUGCUGACUGGUGGUCUCGGCAGAGGUGCCCCCGGGAGAGAACAAUGGCAGAACCGGGAUCUGGGCUGCCUUCUGGUCUUGCGGCCCCCACGUUCCUGCCGUGGCUAACAGGACUAGUGGCUGGAAUGGUCUUCCUGAGCUUCUUGCAGAAACUCCUGUACCCUUACUUCUGGAGUGACCUCUGGUACCUGCUGAAGGUGGUUCGCUGUGGACUUUGGACAGGGAAGCACAGACAGAAAGGGGAGCUAGUCACUGUCCUGGAUAAAUUCCUGAUCCAGGCCAAGAAGCGGCCCCAGAAACCUUUCAUCAUCUACGAGGGAGACAUCCACACCUAUGAGGAUGUGGACAGGAGAAGUAAUAAAGUGGCCCAUGUCUUCCUGAACCAUUCCCCGCUGAAAAGGGGAGAUACUGUGGCUUUGCUGAUGAGCAACGAACCGGAUUUCAUUCACGUGUGGUUUGGCCUGGCCAAGCUGGGCUGCGUGGUGGCCUUCCUCAACUCCAACGUUCGAUCGGUCUCCCUCCUGCAUUGCAUCCGCAGCUGUGAGCCCAGGGUCCUCGUGGUGGGUGCAGAUUUUCUAGAAACUAUAGAAGACAUUCUUCCAAGCCUCCCGGAAGGUAUCAGCGUUUGGGCAAUGAAAGACUCUGUCCCACAAGGCAUAACUUCACUCAAAGAAAAACUGAGCACAGCAACUGAUUGUCGGGUGCCACGCAGCCACCAUGCUAUCUCAAACACCAAGUCUCCUUAUCUUUAUAUUUUUACUUCUGGAACAACAGGUCUACCAAAAGCAGCUAUGAUUUGUCAUCUGGUAGCUAUAAACAGCUCUAUUGGAUUAUGGGCUUUUGGUUGUACUUCUGAUGACAUCAUUUAUAUGACUCUUCCUCUGUAUCAUAGUGCAGCAUCUCUUCUUGGGAUUGGUGGAUGUAUUGAAUUAGGUGCCACUUGUGUGUUAAGGAAGAAAUUCUCAGCAAGCCAGUUUUGGAAUGACUGCAGAAAGUAUAAUGUGACUGUGUUUCAGUACAUUGGAGAACUUUGUCGCUACCUUUGCAAACAACCUAAGAGAGAAGGAGAAAAGGAUCAUCGGGUGCGUUUGGCAAUUGGAAAUGGAGCACGCAGUGAUGUAUGGAGAGAAUUCUUAGACAGAUUUGGAAAUAUUAAGAUAUGUGAGUUUUAUGGAGCUACUGAAGGAAACAUUAGCUUCAUGAAUCACACUGGGAAAAUUGGAUCAGUCGGGAGAGCGAAUUUCUUCCACAAACUUUUUUUCACUUUUCACUUGAUAAAGUAUGAUUUUCAGAAAGAUGAACCCAUUAGAGAUGAGCAGGGCUGGUGCUGUGAUGUGAAAAAAGGGGAACCCGGACUUCUCAUUUCUCAAGUGAAUGAAAAGAAUCCCUUCUUUGGCUAUGCUGGGAAUAAGACGCAGACAGAAAAGAAAUUGCUUUGUGAUGUUUUUAAGAAGGGAGAUGUUUACUUUAACACAGGAGAUUUAAUGGUCCAAGACCAGGAGAAUUUCCUUUAUUUUUGGGACCGGAUUGGAGACACUUUCAGGUGGAAAGGGGAAAAUGUAGCAACCACAGAGGUUGGUGCUAUCAUUGGAAUGCUGGAUUUCAUACAGGAAGCAAAUGUCUAUGGUGUGGUUGUGCCAGGUUAUGAAGGAAAAGCAGGAAUGGCUUCUAUUACUUUAAAACCAAACAAGUCUUUAGACUUGGAAAAAGUUUAUGAGCAAGUUGUUACAUUUUUACCAGCUUACGCCCGUCCACAAUUUUUAAGAAUGCAGGAAAAGAUGGAAGCAACAGGAACAUUCAAACUACAGAAGUUUAAGUUGGUGGAAGAAGGAUUUAGUCCAUUGAAAAUUUCUGACUCACUUUAUUUCAUGGAUAACUUGAAAAAAUCAUAUGUUCCCUUGACCAAAGAAAUUUAUGAUCAGAUAAUAUUAGGGAAGAUUAAACUUUAAGAUGUUUUUAUAUAUGGGAUUUUCAUACGCUGCUUAGGAGGAAUGAGAACAGAGUGAUUCUUUAAUAUGAAAAGGGAAGUGAGAACUGACAUUAAUUACGCAUGUGCUGUAUUUACUUAAUAUGAAACAAUUUUUCCUUAAGUAAUAAUUUAAAUUUGUCUCAAUUGAUAAUAAACUUCAGUUGAUUAUUCUUUUUAUCUAUUUGGAGACCCAGUGCAUAAGUAAAUAUCUGCCUUAAAGUUUUUAAAUAAUAAACAAGUAGUUAAUAAUUUAGACACAUGCUAAAAAUGUACAUAUUAAUAUUUAAAAUUUCUAGUUUUGAGUGGAGGGUUGAAUUUUACUCAAAUAUUUGAUUUUUAUGUGCCCUGUCUUACAACUUAAUAAAACUAUCCUUA